AGGAACAUUCUAAACGCAGUCGCGUGGUUAUUACGAAACGCGUCUGAUUUGUCCUGUUCGGGUCGCCGUAGCGGGACUUCAUGAAAAUGGCGGAGAAGAAAAUUGCAGUGCGCUCUCAGGACCCGGGUCAGAGGCGCGUGCUGGAUGUAGCGACCCGGCAGCGGAGGCUCACGCGGCAGCUCGAGGCGCUCGAGAAGGACAACUUCCAGGAUGACCCUCAGUCCAGCCUCCCGCCGCCGGUCAAGCGCCUGCCGCAUUUCGACGAGAAUGACGAACCCGGGAAACGGAGGAAGAAGACCAGAGGCGAUCAUUUCAAACAACGCUUCCGGAAAAACUUCCAGGCCCUGCUUGAGGAGGAGGACUUGAGUGUGAGCGAGGGUCCGAACUAUCUGACCGCAUGCGCCGAGCCGUCGAGGUUUCCUCAGCGUCACUUCUGUGCUGUGUGCGGUUUCCCCUCCAACUACACCUGCGUGUCCUGCGGAGCUCGCUACUGCUGCGUACGCUGCUUAGCCACACAUCACGAGACCAGGUGUCUGAAGUGGACCGUGUGAUCACACAUACUCAAUGGUUGAAAUUCCACUUCACCCUCGAUCAUAAUCUGUUUGAUGGGCAACAGUGCUGAUGGUCCGAGGAUCCUGGCGUUUAAAGUUUUCAAAGUAGGAGUAUGUCCAGAAGAGAAACCCAGGUUCCUUCGUGCCGUUUGGGAUCGCGCAAUGGCACGAUGACUGCAGCAAGAAAGCUUGCAAAGUAAUCGUGAACAAAAAAAAAAAAAACUUUGAAACGAU